AUGGCCAAACCUAAACAACUCGAGGAAGUCCCGGAGAAGUACUCACCGGUAUUCGAUGACUCAGAAGAAGAGGAAAAAGAGCAAAAAGGAGAGAGGGAAGUGGAAGACUUGACAGAGCCAAGGAUAAAGUCGGGAAAGGAGAAAAGGACGGUGAGAACCGUCAUCCCCACAUAUUGGCAUCCCAACUUGCCCAAUAAAACCACUGUGGGCUUUCCAAAUGCCGGAGUUGACUGUUAUCGAAAUGUCGUCUUCCAAAUGAUUCUACAUAUGCCCAUAUUCUAUAAUUGGCUCAUCUGGUACAAGGAGCACCAUGCCCCGAAAGGUCAUGUUUGCCUUCUGGGCUCUGAAGACGGUCCCAGUGAAUGUCAAGUUUGUCAACUGGCUGAGAUUGCUCAAGGGUAUUGGGCAGGUGAAACCGAAGCUAAAAGUUGGAUGCCUGCCUUUGAAUCCCUAACACGCUCGCUCUUGCAUGGUUGGAAACCUGCCGGGGUAGACUCGGAACAAGACCCGGCAGAGUACUUUGACGUGCUUUACGCCGCUCUUAAAAAGAGCACUAAGCCUAUGAUGAAAGAAGACUUGGAAGAUAUGUUCGAGGUCGAAAUCAUCAUGGCAGCGAGAUGCGCUGGGGAAAACCCUUGUAACCCAAGAUACAUCUCAAGACAGCAACGGUUUAUGAUGAUCAACUUAUCCGGAGAGGAGGGCGAUAUACUGCCCGAGAAGCCUACUUUGGGCGAUAUAAUCGAAAACCACUUUGAUCAUGAGGAUGAUUUCGGUGUGUGUACGGAGUGUGGAGGCACCAAGACAGCCAAAGAUCAAAUUGGAAGUUUCCCUGAGCUUCUCUUGGUCCAGCUCAACCGUACCAGUGUGAUGGGUGAGAAGAUCGAUACUCAGGUAUAUCUGACCGAGCAGUUCACUAUCGAGACGCGGUUCAUGGAUGAACGCUGGGGCAACCAACGAAAAGUCGUCCAGUAUAAAUUGACCUCGGUGGUUUUGCAUCAUGGCCAGGAUGUAACACGAGGUCAUUACAGUAUCGGUGUCAAAGGUAAAGGAGAUGAAUGGAGCAACGCAAAUGACCUACAAAUCUUGGACUGGGACCCCGAAGGGCCUGGAGGCAACCCAAACCAUCUCGCCACUGGUUAUCUCUUUACAUACCGCCGGUUACCCACGAAUGACAAAGUACAGAGACGCCCAGAGGCGCAGAACCCCCAGACAGAGCGAACCCCAGAACACAAUGCCCUGGAGAUCAACUCCGAUCCGUUGGAUGACGGGUGUGUGUUCUCAAAUUUUGGUUCUGGGUCACCUGAGGAUCCUGCACCUAAGCGUCCUGCACCCGAAUCGGGCUUCAAUGUCUUUGGUCCCAAGGAAUUAGGGAAGUUACUGGAUGUGAUGGUUCCCAAGGUGGUCGAUAGCUAUAUAGCUCGCUCAGCGGAUGCCAGGCGCAAGGAGUGGGAGAAAUGGGCAAAUGAAUGGGAGAAGAAGAGGGAAACAGCCCAUACAGCCCAAGCAGCAAAGACUUCGACUUCUGCUAUUGGCUCUGCUAUUUCCUCUGCCAUUGGUUCUGAUAUUAGUACCGGUUCCAAUGAGGAUAUAGUCGACUGGACUAAACAACGUGGACGACUUCAGAUAAUUUUGACUGAAGAUGCAGGAAAAGGAGCAAAGGCGUUGGAUCUUGAAGUUCAAGGAAUGCACUACAAUCGACUGAAGAGGAAGAAGGGAGAGAAAGCAGAUGAGGAAGAAGUCAAGGAAAAAGAUUCGACAUUUAAUAAAAUUAAGAAAAAGGUGCAAGAAUUGGCACAAACCGGACAUUCAAAGACCCUAAAACCACUGAUGUUAACAUUACACUGUCUAUUCCCAAAUGACUUCCUCCCUGCCCUUGAUAUUCUCGACCACAAACUAGUCCGUCGAAUUAUGCGCUCCGACCAAUGUAUCACAUCUCUAGAGAAAGCCCAUGAGGAUAUUUUCAUUGUGAUAUCUGCCUCGGCACCGCCUUCACUUCCGGGUUCCUCGGUUUCCCAAGAAAAGGGCUACGAGGUUCGGCUGCGUGCCUGGAAUUGCAGCUGCCCUACAUUUACCCUGUCUGCAUACCGAGACUCUCAACUCCCGGCGAAUUAUCCGACAAACGAACUGAAUCAGUUGGCCUACUCAUUUGGCGGAACGCUAGCUCGUGGUACGGCUCGGGUGUCGCCUCCUACCUGCAAACAUAUCCUAGCCUGUAUUCUAUAUACACGGUGCCCUGAGCUGUUCGGGGUUGACGGGGAUGGCAGAUGCGCCGUUUCCAAGGAGGAAUUGGCAGGCUGGUGUGCUGGUUGGGGUGGUUGA